AUGGUGGAACAGACGGGUAUCUACUCAGUCCCGUACUGUGUCACCUGCCAGUCCUUCGAUAUAAACUCAAUACCAGUGAGCGAAUACAAACCUAGGCAUGCCUUGAAUAGUGGGAUACGACGCUACCAUGUUGCUCCUGUCUUGUGCCAGCGGGCCAAGGUGGCCAUGAGCCACUUUGAGCCUAAUGAACACAUAAAUUAUGAAAAGCUGGAGAAGAACAUCAACAUUGUCCGUAAGAGGCUUGACCGUCCCCUGACCUUGUCUGAGAAGAUUGUAUAUGGACACCUGGAUGACCCAGCAAAACAGGAGAUUGAGCGGGGCAAGACCUAUCUGCGCUUACGGCCAGACCGCGUGGCCAUGCAGGAUGCCACUGCUCAGAUGGCAAUGCUACAGUUCAUCAGCAGUGGGUUGCCAAAAGUGGCUGUGCCUUCCACCAUCCACUGUGAUCACCUCAUCGAAGCCCAGUUAGGUGGUGAAAAGGAUCUUCGAAGAGCCAAGGACAUAAACCAGGAGGUCUACAACUUUCUAGCAACAGCUGGUGCCAAGUAUGGAGUGGGAUUCUGGAAACCUGGGUCGGGAAUCAUUCACCAGAUCAUUCUGGAGAACUACUCCUACCCUGGGGUUAUGCUGAUCGGCACAGAUUCACACACCCCCAACGGAGGUGGCUUGGGAGGAAUCUGCAUUGGUGUGGGUGGAGCUGAUGCUGUAGAUGUCAUGGCAGGAAUCCCUUGGGAGCUCAAAUGCCCAAAGGUAGGAGCAAAAGGAAUACUGAUCUUUGAUAUGAAGGAUGAGAUAUAA